AUUUUUUGCGGAAAAGUUGCACGACUUCCACAAACCAAAAACCGCAUGGGAAACAAGUAUACGUGCGUCUCUUUGCCUCCUACAAUAAGCCUGGAAUACACUAAAAAAGAAAAUGGAAGCAUGCAUGUUGAUCUCAAAGGAGGAAAAUAUCAAGUCAUGUCGCUUCUGGGCGCUGAACGUGCUUGAGUGUAUAAAACUACUCUUCGCUACCUCCAAGUCUUUAUCCUUUUUCACACCGUCAGUCCGCUAAACCAAACAUGCGGAGCUGGUUCCUAUGUUUUCCGACCCGAGAGACUUUGAUACAUCAUGAGCUUUUACUUAUGCUGGAAGUUUCAAAUUGCUUUUCUCUAUUCUUCAGGUUUGCUGCUUUCCUCUCCACCUAAAGUACCGAAAGCGAUACCCGAUGAGAUCGAAAUGACUGGAUAUCUGCCCAUAGCUCUUGUGAGAGCUGUGAAAAGUUCAUUCUUAUCAAAAAGAGUAAAUCAAAUAAGAACAACUGUCUCCGGCCCCAAGAUUGUUAACAAGUGGCUCGAUGCUAGCCGUUGUAGCCCACAAGUAAAGGCAUCACUUCCCAAUUAUCAUGUCGCAAUGUUUGAAAGUCAGUCAAAAAGAAGGCAUGGGAUCAGAAAACAUGUGCUUACAGCUCAUGUUUGCUUGACGUACCGAAAAGGAAAGCAAGCAGAUACAUCAGUGUUCUGGCUGCCGUCUCACAAUGGCAUAUAUAUGCCAUUUCGCUAUCCAGCCUGCCAUUACACAGCACCAUUUCUGCAUAGCCUGUACCCAAAAACGGAAUACCAACACGCCGUAAAGUGUUCGAGUUGCUCGUGUCUUACCGAAAUUGGAUAGAGGAGUUCAACAUGUCUGCUGCUCUUCUCUGUGCGUGAAUAGCAGCUCCGGAAACAUCUCUUUCGAUUAAGAUUCUGCGCUCCGACCUUGUAUGCCUGGCUGAGCUAUGGGCUGCGUUCGCGAACACAUGGCUAUUGAACCAAAACAGAACGACCAAGAUGUCAUGUCGCAGUAGUUCUAGCACCAGUACAAUAGGCUGUCUGAUGCAUCCAAUGACUUUUAGCA